UAUUAAACUUUAAAAAAAAUCUAAUUAGAUUAAAUCCUUCCGUUUGUUUCACAGUUUGGCCCCGAAACCCUCGUAUUUCCAGUUAAAACUGGACGUGUAGGGUGCACCUUUGCGCAGAGACUGGUUAAUGCUGAGUGGCUCUCCUCUGGGUGCACAAAGGCAGCGGCUCGCAGAGGAACUUGUUCAGAGUGAACCGGGGACGCUGGGAGGCGAAAUAAACAAUCUCUGGUCUCGAAGUAGCAACGACCGCGUAGUUUUAUCCCUGGAAUCACGUUAUUCCAACACCCAUCUGAGAUAAACAAGAUUGGUGGUCAGACAGAAAUGGAGGAAGGUCAACUCCAUUUGGACGCUCAGCACCCACCAGAAGCGGAGCCCAGAGGAGCAGAUCAAAUCCAUCUGCAGACUUCAGCUGGGCCGCUUUCAGAAAGCUGGGACCACAAGGAAACUGAAAUGGACGUCCAGGAAAAAAACGAUUGUGGUGCCCAAGCCAAGCCUCUGUGGAAGCCCAUUCCCCCUCUGUUGCCUGAGACCUACACGGGCGAAGCUGGUGAGACCAGGGACCAGAGCUGCCAGACUGAGGAGCAGUUUCAGCCUGCCACUGCCUGCAACAGUGAUCAUAACACAGGUCUCUGUGUGGAGCCUGGUGAUCCUCCUCUGCUCCAGCAGCCUCUACAGACGUCCAAGUCAGGGAUUCAGCAGAUAAUUGAAUGCUUCAGAUCUGGCACCAGCCAGCUCAAACACAUGCUGCUGAGGGAGGUGGACACCAUCUUUGAGUGUAAACUGUGUCGCAGUCUGUUCAGAGGCCUUCCCAACCUCAUCACACAUAAGGAGUACUACUGCCUGUCACGGCUGCCUGACUCUGACGGGUCAUCAGGGGAUGACAGACAGAGUGUAGCCAUGAAGGAUUUAUUGGACGCCAUAUAUCCCAAAGCCGACCGUCCGGACUAUGUGGUCCGUCUAGAGCCCAUUCAGACCACCACCAAGGCGGUGUUCCAGUACCUCACCACUGAGGAGGAGCUGGCAAGAUAUCCAUCACACACAACUAGUGCCAGAGAAAGUCCUGUAGCUUGGGAAGGAGAAGCAGCGGAGGGUGUAGACAACAACCAGUCCAACCAGCAAGUUGAACCAGAAAGCCACAGCAGCCCAGGACAAAACCAGGGACCUAGGAGGUGGGAGGCUGAGGAAGAGGCUAAAGAGGAGCAGCCACAGCCUGAAGAUGAGGGGUCAAAUAGUGGGGUUGAGGACGUGACUAUUUCCUGCUGUCUCUGCGGUCAAGACUUCAACUCUCGACGCAGUAUCAGACGUCAUUGCCGCAAAAUGCACCAGACAAAACUUGAGGAGCUCAGAAAGUUCACAGAGACACGCACAGUUCCUACAAGCCUGCUCUCCAUGGUAAAAGGUCGGCCGAGGACUCUCAGCACACCAACCGGAAAGUCCUGUCCAGUGUGCUUCAAAACCUUCGCUACCAAAGCCAACGUACGCCGCCACUUUGACGAGGUGCAUCGCGGUCUGCGGAGGGACGCCAUCACACCCAGCAUCGCCUCACGGCCGGGCCAGCCCUUCUCACUGGAAGUCACACCUCCCAGGAAGAACAACAACUCCUCCCCAACACGUGGCAACAGCUCCAAGUCCACCCCCGUAAACUCUAAAUCUCCAAACUCAAACCAAGGCAAACCUCAGAGUCAGCCCCCAGCUUCCUCACCGACCAACUCUGCCUCUUGUCGCUGCACGCUCUGCAAGAGGAACUACAGCUCUCAGCUCAUGUUGAAGAGACACAUGCGUAUAGUUCACAAGAUCUACAGCAUCAAAAGUAACAGGUCUGCUGCCACUUCAGCCUCUGCUGCUACGGCACCCACCCCUAACAGCAGUAGCUCUAACUUAAGCCCCAGUAACAAUAUCAGAGUGAAGGAGGAAGCAGUAGAGCCUUCGGAUGAAGACGAUAAUGAGGAGGACAUGGACAGCAGUCCGGCCCCAUCUCCCAGUGACAGCACUGGGACAGCGAAAGGAGCUUCGCAGAAUGCUAUGAAGGUAAAGGAGGAGGAGGCCCCAGCAAGCCCCAAAAUUACCUCAUCGUCAUCUUCAGCAUCCUCCCGUGGGGGAAGCACGUGCAGCGGCGGCAUUGCCACCAAAAUGACCAAACUGUCGGUGGGCUUUGACUUCAAGCAGCUUUUCUGCAAACUGUGCAAACGACAGUUCAGCUCACGGCAGAACUUAACCAAGCACAUCGAGCUGCACACCGACGGCAACGACAUCUUCAUAAAGUUCUACCGCUGUCCCCUCUGUCGCUACGAGUCCCGUCGCAAACGCGAUGUCCUGCGUCACGUGACUGUCGUCCACAAGAAGUCGUCAGCAUACCUGGCAAAGAUCAUGCCUAAGCUGGAGAGCAGGGCAGUGAAGAGGCUGGCAGAGGUGGUCCUCAACAGCACGAACAAGAGGACGAGCGGCGUCAAGGAGGAAGUAAACGGACGCCAUACUUCUUCCUCAUCCUCCUCUUUCCCCUCACCUCCUGUCACUCGCAAGCAGGAGUGCUCCACAACUGCGCCAACCGCCUCUUCAGGGUCCUCCUCUGCUCCGCCUCCGGUUCCUGUCACUCGGAAGCAGCAGGAGCUCUCGUCACAGGUCUUCACCCCGUCCCCCCCCGUCACCCGUAAACAGGAGAGGCAGCAGAGUCGCCCCAUCAGCCCCCCACUGACCCGCCGCAGUGAGAAACACUUACACCAGCGUAACGCCGCCAACACCCCGUCCAGCAACCAAACCCCCCACACCCGACGUCACGAUGCCCAAUCAGAGAGCAGCACGGGGACAUCCUCCACUGAAGUCAGAGUGACCAAGAACUUCUCCCUCCAUGCUUGUGACCAGUGUGGCCGGGCCUUUGCCAAGAAGCUGUACCUGGAGUCUCACAAGCGAAGCCAUCGAAACGCAGCCACCACAGCAGCCAACAGGAGGAAAGGAGUCAGCACUCGCUCCAAAUCCCUGGUCUGGUGAAAGAUCCAGUACUGAUGGCGAUAAAGAACAGCGAGCUGCCAACAAUGACCAAUCAAAUUAAAACAUUCGGCUGGAAAACAAAUUGACAAAUAGAAGGAAUCACAGGGAAGAGCUGGAAACAUGAAGGAAGAGCAAUGACAGGAGUGUAGUGCGAAGGAUUUUACACUCCAUGUUUUGCUUAAGAACCAAAAAUGGUGUUGAAAACUGACAUUGUUUAUGUAGUUUUAUGAUAAAGCCAGCCAGCCUGCUGGAUGGUGGCGCUGCUAACCACAUAGGUCUGCUGUAUGUACAUAACAACAUACAUGUGUUGUACAUACAUCUGUAUUUACUUCUGUGAAUAUGGAUCCAUAUGCAGACAGCUGAUAUGUACUGCUUUGCUCCUAAUACCCUGCCUUUAGCAAGAGGAUGAUGGUAGUCUGUGAAUGUGUGAAUGAAUCUCUAAGACGAAGCAUAAUUUGAUCCAUAUAUAUCCACACCAUACCCAGUCCUUAGUUAUUACAGUAGCAUCUCAGAGCAGCUAUUUCUCAACUUACAUGUAUAUUUACACAUUAAAUUAAGUGUUUAAAUUGACUGAAAAUAUGUUUCCAUCCAUACUUCUUUCCUUUCACUAGAGAAACUAGCCAAAGUGUUUCACCUGCAGUCUGAAAUGAAACUUUAUUUUCACACAUAAAUGUUUCUUGUUAAGAUUGAAAAACAAGUUUAAUUUUGUUUCCUUGCUGCUGCUCCAUAUUGUGCUUCAGCCAGCUCUACGCUGAGCUCCGGCCAGACCACGUUGUCAAAGGAAGGAGACAGAGAAGUGUAUUUUUCCACUUUCUUCUGAAAAAUACAUGUUGUUUUCGCACAUCUCAUUGAUGCUCAGACUGGUUGCAUACUUGAGAAAGGUGAUUCCUUUACUUUGCCUGCUCCAUCUCUAUUUAUAGCUGACUUUUCAGCCCCAAUAAAAGCGUGGCUGCUGGAGAAGCUUCAAGUUAUGCUUCUUCAAGGCAGCUGUGCAGCUUUAUUUAACUGAAGGGAUAUUUUCCCUCAAACAAAAUAAUCAAAACCCCAAUUAUGAUGUUGUAAUUGCAACAUUUAACAAAUACUUAUUGCUAGUUUGAUUCCAUCUCACCUGGAUCAACUCCAUUAUUACCCCUUCAUGCUUACACACCUAAGAAAAAGAGUAAUGAGUGAUAUCACAACUCACAACAGGUCACAGCCAUACUGCCUUAGCUCUAAAAACCAAUAACUGGAAGAAUUUUUGUUCUUAUGUCAUUUAGCUCUGCAAUGUAUCAUUUUAGAGCCCAGUAAUCACACAUAUAACAGCUGGAAUAACUGAUGAGAACAGUCUGUUAUUAAGGAGGUGUAUAUAGAAAUAUUAUAUAAGAGGCAAAGCUAUUCCUAAAUGUUUACAUGAACCUUUCUGCUCUGUUAAAACUACAAUGAAGCCUAAUUAAAUUACCUUUUCAGUCCUUUUUUUAAGUUCAGCAUCAAUUUAAUUUAAAAUAUACUUUCACCUUUAGAUAGGAGGCGUGUUUGAUAACAGCUCCUGAAGGUAGUCUUUGAAACACUGGUAAGAACUGGGAGGGAAAGAUUGAGGAAGACCAAAUGUACAGUAGAUGUGUUUUAUUGUUCAUACAGAAAGCCAUUAAAUGGAACAAAAACAGAGAAAAGGAAAGACCAAACUUUAUUUUUAUAACGGAAAAUGCUUGUGCAACAAGGUCUUGAGCACAUGUACUGUACAUACUGAUUCAUCCUGCACGGAUGGUAUAAAUAAUAGUUAUUCUAGUCACAUAAUUAUUAUCUUGUGUUGGUAGACCAUAUGUUUCUGACAUGUCUAUUUACAACUGUGUCGCUGUUAAUCUGAAGGCAGGUUUGUGUUCCACCAUGUUGUUUUUUUUUUUUUUUUUUUGUAUUUCUGUUUGAAAGAUUUUUUUGUUAAUGUACCAAGACAGAAGUAGAAAACCUCAAGCUUACUUUUAAAUAUUUUUUUUUUCCUUUUUAAUUCUUGACAUUCCCUUCAUGAGUUGUAAUAUGUUAGACUCAAUCUCUAAGGGAAAAGCAUAGUUAGAGAAGCCUUUCAGAUGUGACAAGAAUGUUCAAACCAACCACUUAAUAAAUAAAAAUGUACUACUUCAAA